AAAAAAAAAAACCCUAUCCUAUGGUACCCGCCCUCUGAUGCGACUUCCGAUAGCACCGCCCACAUCUACACCGGGCACGAGCUCUCACCAUCCAACGCCCCCGCCCUCCUCUCCCUCUCUUCUUUCUCUUUAGCUCUCUAUACAUCCUCCCUCUUCGGGAAAGUGGGAAUCCAUAAGAGUUCAUGUGAAUGCUUCGAAAAAGCGAAGGAGAGGGUGAGAUAAAAGCUUCCCAUUUAUCCUAUUGGGAUCAUGGAAGAAGCAGCAAACUUUUGGGGGUGAGAUGCGGCUUAGUUCGUGAUCCAUGACCAAAGCCGUGCGGAGAGAUCGCGCCGAUGACGAUAGCGGCGUCGGCGGCGGAGGAGGUGGCGUCGGCGACCACCUCCGGAGCCACGUGCAUCUGACGAACUGCAUCCACCUGAAGAACCACAUGCACCGCCACAGUCCCAACCCCGCGGAGCGGUCGCUGAUGCGCGACCUCGUCGCGCUCCAGCGGUCGCGAUCCCUCCGCGACCCCUCCACGAGCCCCCCCUCGUGGCUCUCCCCCUCCGCCGCGAGCGCCGCGGCGCGGAGGCGGGCGAGGGACGGCGCCGCGCAGAGCGGGAGGAGAUCCGUCGGCACCGACGGGCGCAGGGCCGAGAUCGGACGCCUCUCGACGAGCUCGCCGCGCUUCCCGUCGGCCAAAGUCGCCGCCGAAGAAGCGAGUUCGGACCGCGUUGCGGACGAAUCGGGCGACGCGAGCAGGAGGAGUCGGAAGAGUACGCACUCGCACAAAGUCGGCCUCAGAACCCUAUUGGAGAAAAUGGAGGAAGCCCCAGAUCAAACAGGUGAUGGGCGAGAACCAAUGGGGAGAACACGACCUAACGGGUUAAGCAGGGGAAAGAAGAGGAGAUUCAAAGGGGUUAGGCGAGAUCGUGCUUUAAUCGAUCAUAGAGGAGGAGCUAUGUUUCAGAGAUGCAGUGUGGGGGACGGGAAAGAAGAGGAUGCGGAGGUGUCGCAGGUGUCGAGAAAUGUUUGCGGGAUUCCCUGGAAUUGGUCGAGAAUUCACCACAGAGGAAAAUCGUUUCUCGAUUUGGCGGGAAGGAGUUUAUCCUGCGGGUUAUCCGAUUCGCGGGGGAGGAAGUCAGAAGGCACUGCUCUACAAAGCCAGGGGAAUGGUGUGAAUUUGCCGAUUGCACCAGACAAUUUGACUUCGUCGACAAGCUCUGAUUCGGAAGCGUUGCCGUUGCUGGUUCAGGCAUCUGAGACUCGGAAUGGCAGCGGCAAUCCUUAUCUGGCGCAGGAUUAUUCAGGGGAGCUCGGAAUUUAUUCUAAUAAUAGUUUGGGGUAUGAGGAGGAUUCCGACCUUGCGUCAGAGGCAAGGUCAGGUAAUAAUCGACAAAAAGUGAAAGGGCACCGCCGCGGCAGGCAUCGGAGUUUGACCCAAAAGUACAUGCCAAAAACCUUCAAAGAUCUCGUUGGCCAGAACUUGGUUGUGCAGGCGCUUUCGAAUGCUGUUCUGAGGAAAAAAGUUGGGCUGGUUUAUGUCUUUUACGGGCCUCAUGGAACAGGGAAGACCUCUUGCGCCAGGGUAUUUGCUAAGGCCUUGAAUUGUGAAGCUGUAGAACAUCCUAAGCCGUGCGAUGUUUGCAGCUCCUGCAUUUCAUUCAAUCUAGGUAAGAGUAGAAAUGUGAUGGAAGUAGGGCCUAUCGGUAACUUCGAUUUCGAGAGCAUUAUGGAUAUCCUCGACAACGUGAUGCUUUCGCCAUUGUCUUCUCACUAUAAAGUGUUUAUAAUUGAUGAUUGUGACACUUUGCCUCCUGAUGCUUGGAGUGUGAUCUCAAAAGUCGUCGAUAGGGCACCCCGUCAUGUGGUUUUUGUCCUCAUCAGCUCGAAUCUUGAUCUGCCUCAUAUUAUCAUAUCUCGGUGCCAGAAGUUCUUUUUCCCCAAGCUGAAGGAGACUGAUAUAAUCAACACUUUGCAGUGGAUUUCAACUAGUGAAGGACUUGAAGUUGACAAGGAUGCAUUAAAGCUCAUAGCUUCUCGAUCAGACGGGUCAUUACGAGACGCUGAGAUGACCCUUGACCAGCUUAGCUUGCUUGGGCAGAGAAUAUCACUUUCUUUGGUCCAAGAACUUGUUGGUUUGGUGCCGGAUGAAAAAUUGGUAGAUCUGCUUGACUUGGCCUUAUCUGCUGACACUGUAAACACCGUUAAAAGCUUGAGAGAAAUAAUGGAAUCUGGCGUGGAACCUUUGGCAUUAAUGUCUCAACUUGCUACCAUAAUUACUGAUAUUCUUGCUGGUAGUUACGUAUUCACAAGAGAAAGACUACGCAGAAAAUUUUUUCGCCGACCAACCUUAUCGAAGGAAGAUAUGGAAAAGCUACGUCAGGCACUGAAAACACUAUCUGAAGCUGAAAAACAGUUGCGAGUGUCGAAUGACAAGUUAACUUGGCUUACUGCUGCUCUACUUCAACUUGCUCCAGACCAACAGUAUAUGCUGCCAAGCUCUUCCGCAGAUACAAGCCUCAAUCAGAGCCCACUAACCCUUCCUAAUCAUUCAGCGAGAGAUGUACCAAAGAAUUCUAAUAAUGAUAAUCAUGAUCUAAUGCAUCGUAGUAACAAGAUGCCUAGCUCUCACUUUAGUGGAAAGAGGCACGGGGAACAUACUCCGGAUAGUCUUAUGUUGUCAACAAGGCGUACUAGAGCAAGUGAGAGAUAUAGUCAUGGAAAAGGACAUACGGAUGAUGAGAAGAUCUGGCAAGCAGUGCUUGGGUAUAUUCAAUCAGAUACACUCAAACAAUUUUUGGCUCAAGAGGGAAAGCUAAGUUCGGUCAGCCUCGGUGAAGCUCCAACUGUCAGAUUGGUAUUCAGCUCUCAUACAAGUAAAACGAAAGCUGAAAAGUUCAGAGGACAAGUUUUGCAGGCAUUUGAGUCUGUACUUUCUUCUCCAGUAAUACUUGAAAUCCGAUAUGAAUCAAAGAAACCCAUUAGAGCAGAUGACCAAGAGCCUUCUGAGAAUGGUUCUUCUCAGAUGACUUUGAAAAGGUCACUUACCAAUCAUAGGUCUCUUUAUACAGGACAGGAUAAUCUUAAUAGAAGGAAUAUUGUCAAAGGAGUUGGUUCUAGUCAAGGCAGAUGGUUGCAAUCUGAUCCCCACAUAUUGAUAGAAGGCGAAAUUAUUGAAACUGGACCUUUCUGUCAAGAGCACGAGUACAAUGGACUGAUUAAUUCUAGGACAGGAGGGAAGGAUAAGAAUAAAGCGUGUGCAUCUGUGGAGGAAGCAUCGACUUCUCAGGGUCAAGAAAACAUAGUUCCUUCAUCAGAAAGAAUGGAGAGCGAAGGGAAACAUCGAAGGAAAAGCUUAGUAAGAGGAAAAGUAUCCCUUGCACGUGUUAUUAACCAGGCAGAAGGUUGUUCACAGCGAGGAGGAUGGUCUAGACGAAAAGCGAUUUCAAUUGCUGAAAAGCUGGAACAAGAGAAUCUGAGAUUAGAGCCCAGAUCAAGAAGUUUACUCUGUUGGAAAGCUUCUACGAUGACUCGAGAGAAGCUAUCGAAGCUACGAAUGAGGCCGCGGAGACCGCGCUUGCUUUCGAAAUUUGUCUUCUGUGGAAGAUGCUUGUCUACACGAUCUCCAAGAUGAAUUGGUGAUACAUAAGAGAAAGUCCAGAUGGCGAGUAAAGCAUCUUCACCAAGUUUGUUUUAUUUCUCUUAUUCCUCUUAUUUAUUCACCUUCUACCAUGUUAUCUAGUAAUCUUUUAGCAAAUUAUGUAAAUUAAUUAGUAGGUGAGAGAAUGAAAAGAAAAGCAUUAGUCUAUUCUUUAUCCAUGUUUAGGCUCACAUUGAUACAUACUUCUUUUUUUUUUCGAUAUUGCACAUUAGCAUCAUAGCCACAUAUUUCAAACGGCUGCACAUGCUGACAAACAAGUACUGAACUAAUCCAACGGUUGUCGUCUGGAUGUAUGCUUUCGAA